AUCAUUUGUGUUGUACCAUAAGAAAAAAGCGUUGGUUAAUGUGGAGAGUAUUCAGGUGUAAUUAUCCCUCGAGUAAUGAUAUGAGUUGCAAAAUCAGAGCUAAACGGAAAAUGUAAUAAAAAAUUUCGCAUUAAAUUCGAAAGUUUAGUUGAAUUUUUUUUUUAGUCUAAUAAACAAACGAAACGCAAUAUUUUCAAAUGUGACAUUACACGUAGUUAACUCAUAUUCAUCUUGAGGGAUUCUAGAGAAAGUCCGGUGAAAGUUUUAAAUGUGGUAUGAGGUAUAAAUAUUCGUCACCUUCAUCUUUCGCGGUCCAUUCGACAGUGAAUCCUCAAUGAAUUCAGUUGUCACGAACGAAAUGUAAAUUAGUCAAUGAUAAAAUUCAAUUAAUCAUCAUAAUCAAGUAUUUUCGUUAAUUGUGUUCUACAACUGGAUAAAAUUUUUCCCAAAUGUUUCAGUAGUGAUACCACGUAAUCAUGGAAAACAAAGAUUUUCUCGAGUUCGGAAAAGCGACACUUGACUUCAUUGUCAACUACAACGAUACCCUGAGGGAAAGAGAUGUUCUCCCAAGUGUUGAGCCUGGUUAUUUGAGCGAAUUGGUACCAGCUGAAGCUCCAAAGAAACCAGAAUCAUGGCAGGAAGUUUUGAGUGAUGUAAAACGCGUCAUAUUACCAGGAGUAACCCAUUGGAAUUCACCACGUUUCCAUGCCUACUAUCCAACUGCCAACUCCUACCCAGCAGUGGUGGGUGAACUGAUGAGUGCCGGAAUAACAACACUCGGAUUUUCCUGGAUAUCAUCACCUGCCUGCACCGAACUUGAAGUUGUAACAAUGAAUUGGUUGGGAAAAAUGAUGGGACUGCCAAAAGAGUUUCUGAAUUGUAGCGAAGGACCUGGUGGCGGAGUUCUCCAGGGUUCCGCGAGUGAAUCAACUUUGGUGGGCCUUUUGGCAGCGAAAGAGCGUAUGGUUAGGCACAUGAAACGUCAAGAUCCGAACUUGGAUAGUGGCCUGCUGAAGGCUAAAUUUGUAGCCUACACCUCAGAUCAAUCGAAUUCGUCCGUUGAGAAGGCGGGACUCCUGGGCUCAAUGCCGAUGAGACUGUUGCCAGUUGACGAAAAUUGCUCACUUCGAGGAAAAACUCUGCUGGAGGCGAUGGAAAAAGACAGGAAAGCUGGCCUCAUUCCUUGUUACGUUGUUGCAACCCUCGGUACAACUGGCACCUGUGCAUUUGAUAACUUGAAUGAAAUUGGACCAAUUUGCAAAGAGAAUAAUGUCUGGCUUCACAUAGACGCUGCUUAUGCAGGUGCUGCUUUCGUAUGCCCUGAAUACCAACACCUAAUGGCUGGAAUUGAAUAUUCUGAUUCCUUCAAUUUCAAUCCACACAAAUGGCUUCUCACUAAUUUCGAUUGCUCGGCCAUGUGGGUGAAAGAUGCUGGACAACUCAUCAAUGCCUUCAACGUCGAUAGAAUUUAUCUGGCUCAUGACAAACAGGGACUAGCACCUGACUACAGGCACUGGCAAAUACCUUUGGGCCGUCGAUUCAGAGCUAUGAAAUUAUGGUUUGUAAUGAGAUUAUAUGGAGUCGAGGGUCUCCAAAAUCACAUACGUCAUUCAAUAGAGAUGGCAAAGAGAUUUGAAUCGCAUGUGGUAUCUGACAACAAUUUUGAGCUGGUUACACAGAGAUCUAUGGGCCUCGUCUGCUUCAGAAUGAAGGGUGACAAUUCACUGACACGCCAACUCCUUGAUAGAUUGAUGGCGAGAAAGCACAUCUACCUGAUUGCUGCGACUUAUCGAGAGAAAUUGAUAAUUCGUUUUGCAGUAUGCACUCAUCUUACUAAAGCUGAGGAUAUUGAUUUCGCAUGGAACGAGAUAAAGGGUCAGGGGGAUGAAAUACUAUCAGCGAAAUUGAAACAGGAACAGAUCGCAUUGAAAAAUGAGGAGGAAGAUUUAACAAGUGAGUAUUCUGGUAAAGAAGGAGGAAUCACAGCUCGCUUGAAGAAUAUGAAGAUUGAAAAUGCGAAACCAACACAAAAAAUAUCGUAAUGAAUUGUCGCUGUUAACGGGACCACAAACAAUCGAUUUAAGUUUUUAUCUUAAGUGUUAAUUAUCCCAUGAAACUAUUCUAAUUAUUUUUAACUGGUUAAUGAUUAUUGUUAUGCACUUGUGCAAUGAGUGAUAAAUCGUAAGAAAAAUAAAUAAAUUGUGAUCUGGA